AUGGAGUUGCGAGGACGACCUGCGGCGAUGACAUGGGACACCGCCGGCCACAGCAGCAGCAGUGGCAGCAGUCACACGAAUGGCGGGGGCGCGCACCACACAGAGGUGGAGGUGACGAUCGUGGGCGACCACGACUCCCCGGCGGAGAAGGAGGCGAUGACGAGCCAGCUUGGGGGGCGAGCGCGGGGCGAGCGGUGGUACGGCCUCGACUGGAUUCGCUUCAUUUGCAUCUUCUACGUCGUCUUCGGACACACCUACAAGAUCAGUCAGUACGAGGCGGGAGGGUGGCGGGACAAGGACGAGCAGCACGAGCCCGGCCUCUACAUCUAUCGCGCCGUCUCCCUUGGCUACCACUGGUGCGUGCCGAUGCUGUUCUUCAUUUCUGGGAUCUCGAUGAGCAUCGGCGUGAAUUCGUACCUGCGGAAGCAGCGCGAGAAGGAGAGGGCGAUGGCCUUCUUCCACACCGCCCUCCCGACGGCCCGCGAGAAGGUCGUCACCCACCUCGGCCUCGUCCUUGCCUCGUGCUGGCGCCUCUCCCACCUCCUCGCCAUCGGCGUCCUCUUCAACAUCAUCCGCUGCGAGGUGGCGCCAAUCGAGUGGGGCGGCGAGCACUCGCCCAUCUACACGCCCGAAACCGAGACGGAGUGGGAGUACAAGCUGCGGUUCUGGGCGUGGUUGUUCGACUUCCACCCGGAGAAGGGCGGCUUCGUGCGAGCGGGCCUGUUCGGCAUCAUCGGGUCCCAGUGGUACACGCUCAUCCUCAUGGCCUUCAUCGCACUCACGCUCCCGCUCGUCAUGUGGAUCAAGGACUCGCCCGAGACUGCUGACAAGUCGCAGCUGUUCGCGGUGCUGGGCGGGUUCGCCGGUGCGUCGGCCCUGGCCCUCCUCUGCCUCACCCCCAUGGACCUCCCCGACAUCGCGUACUUUGUGGCGGGCCUGUUCGUGCCGAUGGUGGCCCUGGCGGCCUUCAUGUACUGGCCCCACCGGUGCGACCUGCGCCUGGGCUUCUUCGCCUUCGUCGCCCUCUCCUGGGUCCUCUGCAUCCGCAAACCCGACCCCAAGGGUAAGCUCUUCUAUCUGCAGUUCUUCAUUUUCUUCGUGGUGGGCAUCUACACCGGAGAGUUUAAGAGUAAACUCUUCGACGAGCACAACACGCUCUUCGUAUUCAGGGACGGCAACAAGAUGUUCGUGUGGCUCGUGUUCGUCUUCUGGAACGUGUUCCCGAUCCUCUUCGAGAGCAUGCUCUCCUCGAUCCGCGGACCCUAUCCCAUCCACAAACACUUCAUCCGACGGAUCGGUUCGAUGGCGGGCACGUGGAUGGUGGUCGUGUGCCUGCUGGGCGCCGCCUUCCGGUUCGUGAACGCGCCGAUGGUGCCCUUCCUCUACGACCACCUCUACCGCCUGGGCCUGUGGCUCUUUGUGUCCCACACCCUCGUCCUCACCCUCUGCUGGAAAUACCUGUGGAUCCCCAUGGGCCUGUCGCUGAUGGCACGCUUCUUCCUGGGCUGCCACGUCACGAUCCUGCUCACCAUCGCCCUGGUCAAGCUCGGCGCCGGCCUCGAGGCGGCCUUCAAGCGACGCAUGUUGUCCGCCGCCGACGGCAGCAAGCCCAAGGGUCCUGCCGCUUCGGUCGCUUCGGAGGCCUUCACAGCCGCCGGCCGCUUCCGCAGCGAGGCAGGCCUGCGCUGA